CUUGGUACGGGUCCUCUGUCACAGUAUAAAAGCUGAAGGGUACUUCAUUGUUGUUCAUCUUCACUGAACAAUGACUACAAUGAACAUCUGUUGGUUUAUAACUAUUCUGCUACUGCUACAUUCCUGCAAUCCAGGGGAUGGCAUGGAUCACGGUAUUGUCGGGGGUCAUGUGUCCGUUCCACACAGUCGGCCUUACAUGGUCUACAUUCAAGACUCAAGAAGUAAAGCAGCGUGUGACGGUUUUUUGGUAAGAGAAGAUUUUGUGAUGACAGCCGCCCACUGCAAAAAAAGUACUCUCAAGGUGUAUUUGGGCGUCAGUGACACAACUUUGUUACCCCAUGGCAUAGAGGUAGAUUCCUUUCCACAUCCAGGUUUCGAGAACAAACCCGGUAAUGACAUCAUGCUACUAAAGCUUAAAACUCCAGCAACUUUGAACAAGACUGUGACUAUCAUUGACCUGCCAAAUCCUUGGAAUGACAAAAUGUUCAAGGACUGUUUGGUUAUGGGAUGGGGCUCGAUGGUAUAUAAACAUUAUUCUCCAUCGACAGUCCUGAGAGAAUUAAACGUGACUCUGAAAAACCUCGCACAUUGUUUUGAACCUGACGUCAUAUGCAACGAAGACCCAUUCGGCCCAGCACAGGGAGACUCUGGAGGUCCUCUUGUCUGUAAAGAUAUCGUAAUGGGUAUUGUGUCUUUUAACCUGGAGAAGACCGAAGGCUACCUUACAGGAUACACACGUAUUUCUCAGCACCUUCUAUGGAUUAAUGAAAUCAUGAAGAAAAACAACAUAUGAAAGGCUGAGCCAGAUAAACACAAUAUGUGUAACAUUAACGCCAUUUAAAAAAAGAAUUUCUUCAUCUGCAAUGUAAUGUACUAGAUUAAAAUAAAACUUAAUCUCAUAAAAGUCUGUUGACUUUCUGUGGCUACAUGAUCUGUAUCACGAGUAUUCACGCCACAUAGUGGUGAAUGUCUAUAACACAGAUUCAAAUAAGUGGAGAAUUUAGCAUUUUCUUCAAUAUUCAACAAAGGACAAUCUGGUACUGGAAGUACUCAAAUGACACCGUGGUAAAGGAGUUAUAACUUAAACUUAAAUGAAGUUAUACUAUAUUGUUCAGGUCUAAGGCUCAUAGACUUUUGAUAUGAAGCCCUGAUACGACUCUUUCAUCAACGUCAAUCCAGAGGUCGUGAUUUAUCAUUGCAUCAUAGUAAGAUUGUUUGGAGGACAACGUAUUUUGGGAAAACUUAAAUAAUGUCUAUAGAGCCUAUUGACAAGAAAAACUUGUUUCUUCCCACGGGUGUACAGUUUUCUCAUCACCAAAGUGUGUUACGACAGCAGCAAAAGAGCGAGAUCUCAGAUAAACUGACCAGAAUUUAAAGUGUGGUAAAGUAUCUACAAUCUGUAUACUGUAUGGGUCUUUUGACACAGUACAAAAGUAAACUUCUAGAAUUUUACUGUGGUUCACACUUGGGACAAGCAAAGCCUGCAAUGAACAUCUGUUGGUUUAUAACUUUUCUGCAACUCCUGCGUUCCUGCACUCCAGGUAAACACUUUAUACAUUUCUGGACUUCUAUCUUUUAAAUUGUUUCCUAGACUUGGAGGAAAUUAGUCAGUAAAUCCGAUUGUUAAUGGUCACAUUAAUAUGUUAAAUGUUCACUAUAGGCAUUAACUAAACAGGAAAACAAGUGUCAUCAAAACUUUUUCUUUUAGGGGAUGGCAUGGAUCAUGGUAUCGUCGGAGGUCAUGCGUCCGUUCCACACAGCCGACCUUACAUGGUCUACAUUCUUGACUCAAUAACCCUCACAGCGUGUGACGGUUUUUUGGUGAGAGAAGAUUUUGUGAUGACAGCCGCCCACUGCAAAAUGAAGUAAGUAAUAUAACAUGCUACAUGUGACCAAUGACGUUAAAAGAUAAGAUCUGUGUGUUGAUAUAUGAAGCAACUCGACAAGAAUUAUUUUUGUAUUAUGUGGACAUUAUGUGUAAUUGACUCCAAUUUAUAUAUAAUAGUUAUUUAAUGAACAACUUUCCUGUUAGCUUUAGACAUCUCAGGGUGUAUUUGGGCGUGAACGACACAAAGUUUUUACACCAUGGCAUAGAGGUAGAUUCCUUUCCACAUCCAGGUUUUAAGAAAAGAAUGAUUGGUAACAACAUCAUGCUUCUAAAGGUGUGUCUUUGUUGUCUUUGUUGUCUUUAUUUGGCAUCAAAAACUUUCAAUGUGUGUGUUCAAUCAAAAAACCUAUGAGGUAUCUGCUCACACAAGAACAUCCCAUAUUCCCAUCUAUCUUAAAACUCCAGUAACUUUGAACAAGACUGUGACUAUCAUUGACCUUUCAAAUCCUUGGAAUGACAAAAUCUCUAACGACUGUUUGGUUAUGGGAUGGGGCUCGAUGAUAUAUGAUCACGAUUCUCCAUCGACAGUCCUGAGAGAAUUAAAAGUGACUCUUACAAGUGACGCAAACUGUCUUAAGCCUGAUAUUAUAUGCCAUAAAGGCAAAGUUGGGCCAUCACUGGUAUGUAUUUGAUAAAAUGUUGCUUUUUAUGUUGAACGGGAACAGUUUAUUUUAUUGUAUAAUGAUUAUAUAUUGACUAACUUCAUGUCAUUCACAGGGAGACUCUGGAGGCCCUUUUAUUUGUGGAGGUGUUGCACAAGGCAUUGUGUCUUUCUACAUCAGCAUAUCUGAAGACUACAUAUCAGGAUAUACUCGUAUAUCUCAGCACCUACUAUGGAUUAAUAAAGUCAUGACUAAGGCAAACAAAGCUGAUAAAGUCAACAUUUGAGCCAUUUAAAAA